UUUUUUAAUCAACAUUUUUUAUACAGCAAUAACUAACUACAGAGUCAGAAAAAUAAAUUAAGGAUAGCAGGAAGGCUGUUGAGUUUCUAAAAAGAGGCGAUGGGCAUUUUGGAUCAGCUCCGAUGGGUCGCUGGCAGAGCAAUCGCUGUUAGCUCCGUUGUCGAUCACAAUCUCAAACCCGUCUCUGGUGGGAGUCAAGUGUAUAAAGGUGUGAAGGACGAGGCAUUAAAGGCAGGAACGUUCCAAUCAAGUUACAAAAAGAAGUCUCAUGGUUCUCGUGGUCUUGCUAUAAUGGUGGAGGAAAUGCAAGCUAAGGUUGAGACAGUGGAGGAAGAAAGGAACAGUGCAACUCAACGGCAAUCAUCAACUAAUUGUGUGAAAGCAUCGGACAAUUUAGGAGAGUUGCUUGCUGAGCCAUCAGAUGAGUCGACUCCUCAAAAGGCUAACAGGAAAAAGGUUUUUAUCCGUUCCCGACUAUGAAAGGAGAUCUCAAUAUGAGACCAGGUAAAAGUAUAUGUAACUUUUGAAGUGUAUAUCCAGAGGCUAUUAGUAAGUCUUGAUGUUGAAGUAUUUGUAUGUUUAAAGUACGGAUUGAGAUACUGUUAGUAGUUUCAGUGAGUUUUUCUUGUUGUCCAGCAAUAUAAUGAUACAACUACAGUUAAAGUGUUGUAAAAUUGUCAUCAUGCAAAAGUAUACACAUGGAAUUUCAUUUCA